AUGAUCCCGCCAAGUGUGCCGUGUAGAGCCUGGAGUUCCACCUGCAGCCUACAAAUACAAACCCUUGUUCGCGACAGAACUUCUCCCUCCAGUGCCCGCUCCAUUUUUUUCUCAUUCGCGCAGACCCGCUCGUCCUUUGCGACCGUCUCUCGCAAAUAUGCCCUGAACACCACCCUCCGCCGGUCCUUCCAUUCCACUCCCGGCCGGCUAUCCGAUCCCUCGCCCUCUACGCCUCGGAUCUCGUAUCGGGUUGCCGUCUCCUCGUCGGGUAAAGGCCGACGCUUCCACCCGCUCAAAAAUGCAUAUAACUUUGAUCCUACCAUCUCGGAUGUACUCGGUGUCUCCAAAGACAAGGACCCGGCUGUCCGCCGGCGCAAUCGCCCUGACAGCGGCGAGGAUGCGUUCUUCGUAAGCCGGAUCGGCUCCCAGGUUUCAGGCCACACAGAUGAAGGCGAUGCUGUCGCUUUUGCCGUGGCUGAUGGUGUUGGUGGCUGGACAGAGUCCCGCGUCGACCCGGCGGACUUUUCGCACGGUCUCUGUGGUUAUAUGGCCCAGUCAGCUCUGGCUUGGGACUCGCCAGCAGAAAAGUUGCGGCCAAAGCAGCUGUUGCAGGCGGGGUAUGAUCAGGUUGUGGAUGACCCGGCUAUCAAGGCUGGUGGCAGCACUGCAUCUGUCGGCGUUGCGCUUCCAGAUGGCCGUGUUGAGCUGGCGAACCUGGGUGAUUCGGGUUCUGUACUACUCCGUCUUGCUGCCGUCCACCAUUACUCUGUCCCGCAAACCCACGGCUUCAAUACGCCUUAUCAGUUGAGCGUGAUACCUCCGCGUAUGCGCGCGCAAGCGUCUGUCUUUGGAGGAGCCUAUUUGGAAGACUUCCCCAAGGACGCCGCAGUCACAAACGUCCAGAUGCAACACGGCGAUGUGCUCAUGCUCGCUACGGACGGUGUCUUUGAUAACCUGAACAAUCAGGAUAUCCUCAAGGUCGUCACGAGUCGAAUGGUCUUGACUGGCGCAUGGACAGUCACCGAAGACUACGGCGUGGCCAUCUCGGAUACUCUUGCGCGGUUGACGGUUCCAGGCGGACUGGCCACUGCAUUCCCACCACCAAAGAACCCUUCCGCCUCCCAACCAAACGAGAAGGAGAACGCAACUCUCGAGUCCACAUUGACCCUCCAAUCCCUUCUCGCUGCCUCCAUCGCUGGCGAGGCCAAGGUCGCCAGUGUUGACUUCCGCCGCGAUGGUCCCUUUGCCAAGGAGGCGCAGCGUUCCUAUCCGGGAGACUACUACCGCGGUGGCAAGGUGGACGAUAUAUGCGCCCUGGUCAUUGUGGCCGUAGACGAAAGUUUUGCCAGUGGGACAAGCACUGAGUAG